GACUUGGUGACUUUCGCACCGUUUUGGUUAUUUAUUUAUUUCCCUGGCUGCCUCCCCAGCCUCCCGUUGCAAUCCUCCGGAGCGGCUGGCGGGGAGCGGCGGCCGGGCCAGCAUGCAUCCCCGCCCGCUGCCGCUACCGUAGCAGGAAUUACAGCCUCUCCCGAGCCAGCUGCCAGCAUGAUUUCAUCUGCUGGAGGAUUUUUGCAUCUGAUCGUUUGAGGUUUUGUUGGGUUUUUUCUUUUCCCUUUUUUUUUUUCUUCACCCCCCCCCCUCCCCCCCUCCCUGCCUUUGUUUCCUUCCCCCUUUUCCCCCCCUUCCCCUCCCUCCAUCCCCCCUUUCCUCCUCCUCUUUUUUAGAAGCAGGAUUCGGAGAUGGAUGUCUCUCUUUGCCCUACCAAGUGCACUUUCUGGAGGGUAUUUUUGCUCUGGAGCAUUUGGGGAGACUAUCUGCUUUCGGUGCUGGCUUGCCCUGCUAAUUGUCUUUGCAGCAAGACAGACAUCAACUGCAAGAAGCCGGAUGAUGGGAACCUCUUCCCUCUCUUGGAAGGGCAGGAUUCAGGCAGCAGCAAUGGCAACACGAGCAUCAAUAUCACGGACAUCUCAAGGAACAUCACUUCCAUACACAUAGAGAACUGGAAGAACUUGCAGACGCUGAAUGCUGUCGACAUGGAGCUGUACACGGGACUGCAGAGGCUGACAAUCAGGAACUCAGGACUACGAAACAUCCAGCCACGCGCCUUUGCCAAGAACCCUCACCUGCGCUACAUAGACCUCUCUGCGAACCGUCUCACCACUCUGUCAUGGCAGCUCUUCCAGACCCUUCGACUCUUUGAACUGAGACUAGAGAGGAACCUUUUUAACUGCAGCUGUGACAUCCGCUGGAUCCAGCUCUGGCAGGAGAAGGGUGAAGCAAACCUGCAGUACCAGGAGCUCUACUGUAUGAACAUGGAUGCUGCCAUCAUCUCUCUGCAGGAGAUGAACAUCACCCAGUGUGACCUUCCUGAGAUCAGCGUGAGCCAUGUGAACCUGACGGUGCGGGAAGGGGAGAACGCGGUCAUCACCUGCAACGGCUCGGGCUCGCCCCUGCCCGAUGUCGACUGGACGGUGGCCGAUCUCCACUCCAUCAACACACACCAGACCAAUCUCAACUGGACCAAUGUUCAUGCCAUCAAUUUGACCUUGGUGAAUGUCACCAGUGAGGACAAUGGGUUCCUGCUUACCUGCAUUGCUGAGAACGUGGUGGGGAUGAGCAAUGCCAGCGUGCUGCUCACCGUUUACUAUCCCCCUCGCAUCCUAACCCUGGAAGAGCCGGUGCAGCACAUGGAGCACUGCAUUGCAUUUGCAGUGCAUGGGAACCCAGCUCCCACCCUUCACUGGCUGCACAACGGCCAGGUCCUUCAGGAGACAGAGAUCAUCCACAUGGAGUUUUACCAACAAGGGGAAGUGUCUGAGGGUUGCCUGCUCUUCAACAAACCCACUCACUACAACAAUGGCAACUAUACGAUUGUGGCCACCAACCAACUGGGCUCAGCCAACCAAACCAUCAAAGGACACUUCCUUGAAAAGCCCUUUCCAGAGAGUACAGACAACUUUGUAUCAAUCGGUGAUUAUGAAGUGAGUCCCACUCCACCCAUCACUGUGACCCAUAAACCAGAGGAGGACACUUUUGGGGUUUCCAUAGCGGUUGGGCUGGCAGCUUUUGCUUGUGUCCUCUUGGUCGUCCUCUUUAUUAUGAUCAACAAGUAUGGCCGACGGUCCAAGUUUGGGAUGAAAGGUCCUGUGGCAGUGAUCAGCGGAGAGGAGGAUUCAGCCAGUCCCCUCCACCACAUCAACCAUGGCAUUACAACCCCCUCAACACUGGACGCUGGCCCGGACACGGUGGUGAUCGGCAUGACCCGCAUUCCUGUCAUUGAGAACCCCCAGUACUUCCGACAAGGUCACAACUGCCACAAGCCAGACACGUAUGUCCAGCAUAUUAAGAGGAGAGACAUCGUUUUGAAGAGAGAGCUGGGAGAAGGUGCCUUUGGGAAGGUGUUCUUAGCCGAGUGUUACAACCUCAGCCCCACCAACGACAAAAUGCUGGUGGCAGUGAAGGCGCUGAAAGACCCCACCUUGGCAGCCCGCAAGGAUUUCCAGAGGGAGGCAGAGCUGCUCACCAACCUGCAGCACGAGCACAUCGUCAAGUUUUACGGCGUGUGUGGUGACGGUGACCCGCUCAUCAUGGUCUUUGAGUACAUGAAGCACGGGGACCUGAAUAAGUUCCUGAGGGCACAUGGCCCAGAUGCUAUGAUCCUCGUGGAUGGGCAGCCUCGACAAGCCAAAGGGGAGCUAGGGCUAUCCCAGAUGCUCCACAUCGCUAGCCAGAUCGCCUCUGGAAUGGUGUACCUUGCCUCCCAGCACUUUGUCCAUAGAGACCUGGCCACCAGGAACUGCUUGGUCGGAGCCAACCUGCUGGUGAAGAUUGGAGACUUUGGGAUGUCAAGAGAUGUCUACAGCACUGAUUACUACAGGGAAGGGCCACGUCCGAAGGGCCAGUUCAGCGCAGCGUGGCAGCGACAGAGACUGGCACCACCGGCAGCUGCAACAGUUGGAGGACACACUAUGCUGCCUAUCCGCUGGAUGCCUCCAGAGAGCAUCAUGUACAGGAAGUUCACAACAGAGAGUGACGUCUGGAGCUUUGGGGUGAUCCUCUGGGAGAUCUUCACAUAUGGAAAACAGCCCUGGUUUCAGCUCUCCAACACAGAGGUCAUUGAGUGCAUUACCCAAGGCCGAGUGUUGGAAAGGCCUCGAGUCUGCCCCAAGGAGGUUUAUGACAUCAUGUUGGGCUGCUGGCAGAGAGAACCUCAGCAAAGGCUCAACAUCAAGGAGAUCUACAAGAUCCUUCAUGCUCUGGGCAAGGCCACACCAAUCUACCUGGACAUCCUUGGCUAGCAGUGGCCACUUGUCGAAAGUCCCUGCUCCUUCCUUCUGUCUUUCCUUCCCUCUACCCCUUCCAAGACCUUUGCCCCUCAGCUCCCAAGCAAACAUCUUCAUAUAAACUCAAGUGCCUGCUACACAUACAACACUGAAAAAAACCCAACAAAACAAAAAGUAAACCAACAAAAAACCCACAAACCAACAACCUGUAAGGCAGUUUGGCUUAUAUAUAUAUUUAUAGAUAUCUCUCUAUAUAUAACUUCUACACCAAUAUGGAAAGAAGCUGCUGUUACAGAAUAUUAUAAGACAAAAAAAAAAAAAAAGAAAAAAAAGGAAAAAAAAGGAAGAAAAAAGUACCUAAAAAUAUAAUUAAAAAAAAAAAAAGGAAAAAAAGAAAGAACAAAAGAAAGGAGGGUGCAUCUUUCCCCCAAGCAAUGAAGCAGUGAAUUGUAACCCUGCUGUGAGGGUGGUUUGGGCUGCUGGCUGGGCAGGGCCCUAGAAUGCCUAUGGCAGCAAUGCCAUCCCAGGUAGGAGCCCUGGGAGGAAAGCCUUGCCCUGGUUGUAUGAUAUGCACUGAAUGUGUGAGAUCAGUCCUCCCUUUCCACCCUUGCCUUCCUCCCUCCUUCCCAGCCUGCAGGUGAUGGGCAUAAAGCCAGGGCAGUGCCCCUGGAUGAACUCUCUUUUAGCAACUCCCUCCCUUCCUCAUCCCUCUCUGCCUUCCUGCCUUUUUCCUCCCUCCAACAUUUCAGGACAAUUUUUCUAAUUUCCUGAUUCUUAAAUGUAUAGACUCAAGGCUCUUGAACACACAGUCAAAGGAUUGUGGCACCUACGGGUAAAACACACACCAGGAACCAGCUGCCCUCCCACAGACACCGAGUCGGCCGGACCCAGACCUCCCUCCUGCCCUGCACCAGGGCUGGGAGAGCAGCAGGAUGGAAGUGGCUGAGCAAGGCAGUUGAAAGGGGAGGGGGGGUCAUGGAGACCUGGUCUUGAAUCAUUCCCAACUCAUUCCAGUGUGUGACACAGAAGUGCUGUUUGUCCAGAGCACCCAGGAACAACCCCCACCUCUCCCUUUUCUCCCCACCCUUCACGCUUGCUAGCAGCCAUGGGUUGUUCCUCCUCCCUCAGCUGUCUGCACCAGGGUCAGACUGGUCCCUGGUGUAAACCUCCAGCGGACAGGAUUGGAUCCCUGCUCCUUGGAUAGAGGAAAGGCUGAAGCGUGCAGACAGUUAGGACUGUGCCUGCAUCCUGGCUGGGCAUGCUGAGGGGGUCAGCAGACCCCAGCACCUUUCCUCCCCAUCCUCUCCCCUUCCCCACCUCUACCCCAUGCCUCAGUCCGAGCCUCAGGCACAAGCUAGUAGGGGACAAAGCUUGUGAGAUGGCUGGGAACCUACCAACACCUGCCUGCAGCCCCUUUGCCAUUCUCCUCACGUCCCCAUCCCCUGAAAGGAUUGAUGCAUCUGCCUUUGAGCUGUUGUGAAAUGCAGAGGCUGAAGAAUAGCUCCACAGGCAGCCCCGGGAGAAAGGGGGGAAGGAGGGGAAGGUGCCUUCAGGAGCAGACGGCUCAGCGGAUGGCGGCAGCGGCCAGCCUUGCAUCUCAAUGAGGAUAAAGGCCUGACAGGCAGGGACAGGGGGUGGUGGGGACAGUGAGGGAAGAGGCUGAAGCAUCCUUCCUAUAGCCCAUCACCCUUGAACAGGAAACAAUCCUGAACUGGGGAAAGGCAGAAUCAGAUGCUGAAUCCAGUCCAUCCAGACUGGGCUGAGAAUGCAGAACCUUGCUGGGUAAUUUUAUUAUUUUUUUUUUCCUAUGGCUAAUUGAGGAUGAGGGAGAACCUCAGCCUGGCAGCUGCUCUCAGGAGGCAGGGAGUGGGUGCCACAGGCAUUGUCAAGGCAAUUCUGAGAAGACAACAACCUCCGGCACAAAAAUAGCCUGCCCAGAUGUGGUGCUUGCCUAGAAGGGAAUGCAGAUGGAGGAAGAGGAGACAGAGAAGGGAUCUUGGCUCCUUCCCCAUGGACAGAGUGGUAUUUACAGCUACAAUGCAAGAGGAUAUGGGUGACUGACUGAGAUCUUGUUAUAGCCAGUUACUGAAAGGGGAAGAUUUUGCCUCCUCUGCUAAAUCCCCCUUGUCUUUUGCCAAUCUCUACCUCCCCUCCCUAACCUGGCCUAUGGCUUCAAACAGGGGCAGCGGACACUGCUGCAAGGCUUGUUGUGGCAGCAGUGACCAUGGAUUCAUCCAGUGCAAGCUCAGGGUGGGAUGAUGGGUGGCAGUAACCGUGUGGGAGUAAGGAUGUCAUGUUUCUUUGUGUGUUAGAGAGAUCUGGGCUAGUGGGACAGACUUGUGUCAACAGAGGCUGGACAGAUUGCCACUGCACCGGCACCAGCAGCUCACAGCAUGGACACCAAAGAUGGCAUGGUCAGGGACAAGGGUGUGGACAGGAGUCCACACACAGGAACAGAAUACCAUACCACCCCUCAAUAGCAAGAUCUUUCUCCUGUGAAAGAGGACAUUUAGAUUUCUUCAUCUGCCUGUUUACAUUCACCUUUGGAAGUGAAAAAGAUUCUUUGAAAUAUUGCCAGCCCUGGCCUGGCUCCCUUUGUAUGCAGGCUGCUUUGCCCCAAAGGUUUUGGAGACUCUGUACAAGGGGAGAACAGGCGAUGGCUGUUAAUGGUCCAGUGAAGAAAACCCUUCCCUAUGGCUACUUGUCUCUUACUCCAAAUAGAUUCUUGCUCUUGUGGCUCCCAGGCACUGCACCAGAUUGUACAAGGCCACCAUUUUGUCCCUUGUUCUCCCUCACUCUCAUUUCUCUUUUGGCCAAUGUCACAGGCCCUUACACUAUCAAAUCACCUACAGAUGCUGAGUUCCCAUAGUUUAUGAUAUUCUGCACAACAACUAUAUUAUCCUUUUCUUCCUUUUUUCAUCCUCCUCCUCCUCCCCAGCAACAGCACCCUGUCCCUUUUGCCACCUCUCUGUAUGGUCACGACAGCAAGACAAGCUCAGGAGCCAAGGAUGAUGCCAGGCCUUGGAGCUGCAUGGUUAGGAAUAAAUGGUCUAUAGGAGGCAAGGACAAGGGUCCUCAGAAGAUGUGAAGCAGCUGAGACCAAGUCUCGGGCUGUCUGACUGCUUUACUGGUAGGCCCACUACAUGCAGUGACUGCCUCAAAAAAGGUCCUUUUAUCAAAGUUAAUUGUGAAUGAUUGCUUAGAAGAGCAGGAUAAACUGCAGUUCUGCAACAUGAUGUCUCCCCAGCUGCUGCUGUUUUAUGUCCCCUGCCUCUUGGUGCUUGAUGGAGAUUUGCUGGGGGGGGGGAAGGAGUUUUGUGUUCAAAGAUGUGGAAACUGCUGCAUCCCUUUUGGGCAUCACAGUUUUGGAGGGGAAGAGGGAAAGCAGCUGUGCUGAGUUCCUGGUGAAUGCCCUGAGACCUCAUUUGGAGAAGCACCUUCCCUGGACCAGAAGCAGACCUGCCCACCAGCAUGGGUGAUGGUGCUUUUCCCUGUAGGAAGAUGGGCUCUGGGGUGCCCCUGAUGCACGUGAGGGGAGGAAGAGCAGAUUUGGAGGGAAACACUCACUGAGUGCCAUGAAUCUGAAUGCAGAGACUGUUGGGAGGCAAAGAGACAUACGUUCAUGCUCCUUAUCCAUUUCCAGGAGAGAUACUUGCCAUUAUCCUGCCUCUACAAAGAGAAGACAGCUAUACCUGCUGCCUGGAAUCACCAACAGGUCUCACACUACCCUGGGACAAGCCAGGACUAAUUCCCAUCAUGCCCAGGCAGACAUUCCUACCACCCACCCUCCUCUAUCAGCUGUUUUCUCUAGAGACUUGUGAAAUGGAGCUGAGAGGAACAUCAGUCUGAGCACUGCUGAGAAGGGGCCAUGGGGUCUUCCCUGUCCCAGCUGCAUCCUGCUCCCUAACUUCUGUAAUUGCUAGCACCAACUCAAGUCACCCAGGGUUGUCAUUGAAAUUAUGUUUUCUUGGAGGUGAAGGUGCUAUUUUGGUGCAUGGUACAGAUGGUGAUCAUAUGCCAGGGCUGCUAACUGUGGGCAGUAAAUGUGGCUCCAGCCUUAGGGGCUUACUAGUGACCUGUCUUGUCUUCUCUAGCUGAUACUUUUCCUUCCACUCCAGUCUCUCUAGUUGCAAGAUGAAAUGUCACUGGGGAAAGACACACAAUGAUCUGCCAGACUGAAAGUCCACCCUGUCUUCCACAAAGCUUGCCCAUCUGGCCUUUUUUAAUGAUGCAUGUAUUUUGGGGGUGAAAAAGAGUCUGAGCCAUCUCAUUUUGAGCAUGUCCUUUGGUCCCCAGGAUGUUGAAUUGCAGACAGGUGACUCUGGGAACCAGUGCUGCACAGACAAAUGUGAAAAAUUGGGAAUGCCUUUAGAGAGGCUGCUUGCUUGAGAGAAAUCAUUAGCUUUGAGCUGUCUGCUUGUCCCCAGGAGUGGGUGGAACAAGGUGAGAAAAUGUGUGGGGAAAUAAAAAAAAGCCAAGGAAAGGGAAAGGCUGGUUUUAGAAGGCGAGUGAGUAUCUCGGGUUGGGUAAUCGAGACUGGUUUGGGGAGUGUGGCAUAGAAUUUUAAGUAGCACAGUGGCUACAAGCUAAACCAAAAGAAAACAGUAACAUAGUGGAACUUAGGAAAAGUUAGCUAGAAAACUGGGCGAGUACUGGUUUAAAAAGAAGACAGAACCAAUAUAAGCAAGGGACCAUUUAUCCAGGCAGAAAGCAGAAGUCCCAGGGUUUGUGGUCUUUUAUUUUUUAUUUUUCUAAAAGUAAAUGCAACUAAAAGAAGGCCUGAAAAAUUCAUGGUUUUUUUCAGGGGCAGAGACACGAGUAUAAUACUACAUGAGCUGUUUCCUUUCAUAUGAAAGGCUCUUAUUUCCCAGAACUCAAAUGCAUGAGUUUCCCUGAGCUCAGGAUAUGGCUUGAAGAAUCCAGACCUGGGUCAUUGCAAGCCCAUGAAAGCAGAAGUAGUUCUGAACACUUGGAUUAGCUGGCAUUCAUGUGCCAUUCUGCAUGGGGACAGUAUUCUGUUCAGCAACGCUAUCUUAAGGAGCUUUUUUUAAACCUUUGUUUUUCCUCCCCAUGAGAGUGUCAACAUCUUUUGCCCAACUGGGACUCCCAAUGGUUAAUGAAUAGGCAAUGCAAGUGGCUGAAUUUUUGGUGCAUCAUAUGUCCAUUUUUGCUUCCUGAUCUGGCCAGGAAUCAGCUUGAACCACUACAGCCAGGUAUUGUAUCUCAUGUUUUCAUAACAGAUGUAGGCGUGUUCUUUGCUUGUAAGGCAAGGGUAAGGAUAAGCAAGCUGAAUAAAUGAGAUCCUAGCUACGAUAGCAUGCUGCAGUGUAGUGGCUCUGAUAGCUGGAAGGCUACUGGGCAUCAACAGGGCUCCUCUGCUAUGAGACUCAGCAGGCAUGGGAAUGCUUUGGCACAACCCAAAAAGGCUGGUUCUCUGUUCAGAUGCAGUGGCUUUCUGACAGAUAGUAGCAUCAUGGAGCCAUGGCACAGUAGUGUUGUCUCCAAAUGAGUACCAAGAAUAGAAGAAGAGAAAAUUCCCCUCUCAACACUGCUUUCCAGGAGUGGAUAAACUUACUUAAUUCUAAGGCCCUCCCUAAUCCCUGCCCUAAUUUGUCUCUUAAAUCAGUACACAUUUAAUGUUUCUUAAAGCAGCUGCAAAGACCUAAAAAAAAAUCUUUCCCUUUGCUGCUCUCCUUGGAAGCAGGGAUAUUGACUUUCAAGCCUGGAGAAAGCAGAUGUUUUCAAGACAUCCGUUCUGGCUGGCAGUGUCAUAAAUGACACAGGCAGAGACAUCAGUUGCUGCUCCAAGAGAAAUGUAGGAACACUGCACCUCUCCUGUGCUUCUCAUUCCCUUCCAGUACACUGAGCCAUGAACAGCUCCCUGAGAGAAAUGAAGGAGUCCCAUUGCUUGCAACUUUGAAGAACUGAACAGAAGAAACAGAUAAAAAACCAGAGAGAAAGAAGGACACAAUGUCACAGCUUUCUUCAGCGGCCUGAGCUAAGUGGGGUGAUAGAGCUUGGUUUCAUCUCAAUGGCUUGAGUUUCUCACAGACCCAAUCAGACAGGUCUUUUUGGACUAAAGGAAUGACCACUGGCUCCUCCUCCCUUCUGCCAGUCCCACAAUUUCAGCAUCUCCCCACAGAAAAAGGAGGCACAACAGAUCUAACCAUUGCUUCCUCACACUGUCAGGAAUCCUCUAAGCAAACUGGUCUCCUGUGCAGCACAAGUGACUGAUCCUGCAGCUGAAAACUCAAGCCGUUGUUCUGAGGGGGCGUUUAACUGCUGAACUAUUGGUUUCUUAGGACAAGGUCCCAGCAGGGAAGGAUUGAAAUACCUAUAAAGAAAAUCAUAGCUCUGGGAGGUCCAAAUGUCUUCUGGCAAGCUUUCUCUUGCUCUCUGCUGGCUUCCAACCUCCCCAGUCUUUGCUGCUUGAUACUUAGAUAGCUGAGUUUCAUCCACUCCCUUUUCAGAGCACAGAGCUGGUGAAGCUGUUUGAUUUUUACAUGGUAGGUGAAAUAAGAUUUCUCCCCCUUGCCCUCUUAUUUUUCUCCCUGUGCUGCUCCUGUCCUUGCAAUUCUCAGGACUUGACUAGCAGAGUUCUAAAUGAAGUGAAAGUCUUAAUGUGAGGUGAAUCCCAAGACCACAAACAGUUUGGACUUCAAACAGUGAAAAAAUUGGCGCCGAAUGAUUCCGCACACAAAGCAGAAAACUUUUCAUUUCCUGCAGGCAGGAUGGAAUUGACUGUUAUAUUAAGACUUCAGAAGGAGCACUGCCCCGGAGUAAUUUCACUGCUGUCAGGCAGUGUUGACAUCUAGAUUAACCUCUGCGCAGUGAAUUUUACAGCAAGGCUCAUUGUAAUGCAUGUGGGGUAUCUCCUGUAAAUCCCAGCUGAAGCCCAUAGUGCCCCACCCUCUGCACAGGAGAAGGGGUCGGGGAGCAGCUGCUAUCAUUUCUUGACCCCAGCAGAGCGUGACUCUAACCUCAUCCAGGCCAGUUCUGCUGAAACUGAUUUUCUACUGAUUUCUUUUUUUCAAAUUCCCCAAAGAGGCUUACAUCACAAGGCUGACAAUUUUUGCCAGUGACAAACAGCUCCCUUCACAUAUCCACCUAGCAACAGUCCUAAUUAAAAGGCACUAGUUAACCAGUAGCAAUUAGCUGCUCACACUGAUUAACUCCAACACACACAAUCCCCACACACAAUGCACUGAUCAGAUGUGAUCCAGGACUAAAUAGCAGACAAACUCCCAGCUGAUGUGAGACAACAGCAUCCAAUCCUACCCACAAGACCACAGGCACACUAGUAACUCUACCAAACCAAAUUUUAUAUGAAUUAAAGAAGUUCACACAGCACAAGUCAGACAACAUCACAAAAGAAGCCGCUUGACUCCUGAACUCAAUGCUCCUGCUGUACAGUUGGAAGUGUAGGCCAGACCUGAAGCCCUUUAGUCCUUCACUGUAAGAGUAUGUUGAGCAGCAAGAGUUCCUAGGCAGGAGCACAAGUUCUUAAGUCUUGUGUGGGUAGAGACAAUCCUGCCUGGGGUUCUCAAGAUGCAUCUCUGAAAUGCACUUCAAAGAGGAAGGGAAGGGAUAUUUUUGUUUGUAUGUUUUUGCCACACCUUAUUCAUUCCUACUCAGACAUUGCUCUGCAGUCAUUUGCAGGAAGUUACAGGCAAGAGACAAGCUCUCAGGUUCCAAAAAGGUUAGUCACUAACCCUAAGGGCAACAUCUCAAUAGUGCUUUUAGAAAUCUCUUUCAGAGCCCACCCCUCCUCUCACCCACAGUUUUUCAUGGUAGGCUUACUGUUGUAUCUGUUGAAGGCUUUGGAUAGACUAUGAAGAGAAGACAUGCUUAUAGUUUCCUCUCAUCUUCAGAGUUAUGAGCCCCUGACAUUUCUGUAAUCAAGCCCAUCAGGAAGGUUGCUUGAAACUAACUUUUACUACCCCCAGUCCAAAUACAGCUGAAAAGACUACCCAAGGUUAUAGAGAAGGUCAAGCUGUUGCUUUGGACUGGAGUUUGCUUUGGAAGGAAUUUGAUGGACCAAUUUAACCACCACAGCACAUCAAAACCUGGUGGCUUCGUUUAAAAAGUAAUCAGUAUUGUAUUUCGCUUUAGACAUCCGUGCAUUAGUGUUCUGCAAAUAUGAUUUCCUCUUUGUUUGCAUUAUUGAUGCCAUAAAAUGUCAGACACAUUAAAGAAAAAAAAAAAAGGAAAAAAAAAAAGAGGCCAACCUUUGGGGUUUGGAAUGAUUCUGGUUGAAUUGCAGUUGGGUUACUUUUCUUUUUAUUUCCCAUGGUAGUGAUGCACUGUUACUCAUCCUGCUAUUGCUUUACAAAGAGUCCUCUGUAAGUGUAUUUAUUCAGCCACCCAUAUUUCAGGAAACACAUAACUGUGAUAUUUAUUGCUGUAUGUGUCAGAGUGUGUGUGUGUGUGCUGGAGGGGAAGGGAGGUGGAGCUUCUUACAAGAGCCCUUCUGUAUCUGGUAGUGUGUUGGCUUUGUGCAAUCCUGUGUGACUCCCUUCUGCUCAGGUGGCUGGUUUGAUUUAACCUCAAGAACUGACUUUGGUGAUCAGGAUUUGAGGUCUUUGCACUACUCAGAAUUUGUCAGCUGUUUUCACCAUUCAGCAGCCAUUCUGCUGUCUGCAAUGGUUCCCAGUUGUCCUCUACGCCACAGAGAUUACACAGCACUGGAACUGGAGUCUCAGGCAUGCGAUGGAGGAGUUUUAGCUCAUUCUAGUCCUAGUCCAAUGAUGAGUUUGCUGAUUUAGCUUGGUUUCUACACUGCUCCCCACCUGACACUCAGUGACUACUGUUCCCAAGGCAAAUAGUAUUAGCUGCUCAGUGCUUCAUCUCCCAGACCAUUAAGAAGCACUGGCCUUGGCAGCCAUAAACUUUCUGCCUCACCUCUCUUUGAUUAAUGCUAAUACAUUGUUCAAUUUUCCUGUGAACUUUUUGGAAGAAUAUUCUCCCUCUUACAAUCUAAAAAAUUCUCUUCCCAGGUCUUAUGUCUUCUUAAAAGUGUAAGUGAAAGUACAGGGUGGAAUUGUCUCCCUUAUGUAGGGAUUUUCAUCAGUUUUAAGAUAUAUUUUCAGCUUUUCCUUCCACUGAGAGCAAGACUUGUGUGCAGGGGGAGAAGGUUACAGUGGAGCAGUCUAAGGAAAAGACUCAACUAGGACCUAGACUGCAAGGUCAUCUGUUCACCUGCUAGGCCCUUGCCAGCUUCAUACAGCAGGAAACAUCUAGCUUCUCAUGAGUCGCUUCCUGCCUAGCUCUCCUGUUCCCACUCCAGUUCUGAGGAAUGACCUUCACAUGACCUUUGUUUCUCCUUAUCGUCACAGAUCCAUCUCAGAGAUAGCCAAACAGCCCAAAGAAGAGAUGACAGGGGCUGAAUGGGUGCAUAACUGUCUUCCUCCCUCUUUUUCAUCAGGGGCAAAGAUAGUAAAAGUGACAGAAGAGAAAAAUUCUCCUCAACAGGAGCAAUCCAGUUUCUUUUUAAACUCAGAUAUUUAAAAUACCAGGCAGCAGUACCUAUAAAUUUGCCUUGAAAUGUUGAAUGAGCACAAGGAUUAUAUUUGAUUUUGUUUUUAUGCCUGUGAUUUCUCUCACCAAGAAUUCAGCUGUUACUGAGCUCCCAGCAGGUUGUUCCGAUUGCUGGAGAGAUGGUUGGGAUUGAUUCUGGCUUUGAUCUGUUUGGGUCCAGCUUCAUUCUUCAGUAGCUGGAUUGAGACAAUAGAAGUAAUCAACAAGGGACUGAGUUAUUGUUCCUGUGUAACUAAGCCUUCUUGUGCAACACCAGACUAAACCCUGAAGGGGUUGAACACCCACAACUUGGUACUAGUCAGUAAAGGCUGUGAAUACUGAGAGGCACUUAAGAUCACUGUGAUGUUAGGAACAGAGUAGCAGGAGAGAGGAAGAGAAGUACUACAAGAGAAAAACAAACGUUAUUCCAGACAAGAUGUUGGCUCAUUUAUAAUACAAGAAAAUCCACUGAUGUCUAUGAGAAAAUAUUCAGAAUAUUCACCCUGGCAACUGAGAACAUUGACCUUCAGGACAGGAGCAGCUCUCUAGCCUACAAACCUCCUCUCACUUCUAAUUUCCUUUUUCUCUCCUUCUUCUGAUAAUACAGAACAAAUACUGGCUUACGGCUUUCUUAAAAACUGAAUUUAAGGUAAGGAGCAGAUCUGAGGGAGGAAGAGAGAGAUGAGAUCCUGCUGGAUGAUGCAACAGCUUUGUAGCCCAGCGGCUUUACAGUAGCAAGUGCUGCUGUAUUUUAUAUAUAUAGCUCAUAUUUGGUAUGAGUAGUGUGCAUAUGAGGAUUUAUUAGUUCAGAAGAAUACUAGUAAGAGUAAUAAUAAAAAAGCUCCCAGGAAGCCGGAGGUUUCAGCAGUGACACAGGUCGGGAGCCGCCUCCCUGCGAUCAGCACCGCGGACAGCGCCUCCAGCCGCGCCUGCCUGUGUCCUGCGGGAACUCCUGGAGGAGCAGGGGACCCUCCACUCCUGGAGGAGCAGGGGACCUCAUGUCCACACCAGCCAGGGACAGCUGUCUAUUCUUUUCUCCCAUCAUUUUUUUCUAGUGUGAAAUUGUUAGGGGGUAUCUGUUUUCAAGUGAUGGAGGCAGGACGGUAUAAACCACAAAGCAAUCUAUCCAAUGCAAGAGGAAGCCACUUUUCCUCCAGAAUUAAAUUCUCUGCCCCACUUCUUCUUGCCCUGGUGUUUCACCUAUCAAGGCUCCAUCCCUAAUUUGGACUGUGAAAUGUUCCUGUUUUCUCAUUUGGGACAGCUGAAAAAUGGACAGCUACACUGCCAGCUCCUUAGAAACAGAGUAUUUAUUUUACUGGCAGCAUCAUGUGAUUUGGCUUGGCCAUCCACUAAAUGUACUGUUGGCAAAGGGUAAAUAGAAAAAUCUCUUGGAAAAUUCUAAGAGGCAUAUGAAUGACACUGUGGGACCUGAAAGUUAUUGUGAUAUCAAGCCAUAAAAAAAGCCACAUUGCUGUGUAAUGGAGAGUUGUCAGAAAAAAGAGUCAGUCAAAGAUGAGGAGCUGUGCAGGAAGCAGACAUCGACAGGGAACGUGCCAAAUGGAGAGAAAAAGUCAUCUCUCAUACAAAAAAGGCAGGUACUUCAGUAUCCAGCUUGCUCAGCCUGCAUACUUAGGAUUUCAUCCCACUUUUUUUUCCAAGGUCAUGCUAAGGAAGAGAUAUACCCUCAAUUUAGGGCUGAACAUCUCCCAAAUCUCAUCAUCACGGUGAGAAGCUCUUGGGAAGGAUCCUGCAGGCUCAUUCCAUCCCUGAAAAACUUGGUGUGAGGAAGAAAAGCAGGCCAGAAAGUUGGGUUAUUUCCCCACCCCAACACACGGUGUUUCCAAGAAGCACUUGCUCUGUCCCCCAUCUGCCACAUACUUUCCAGCUGUGAUUGGAAGUCACUAUUACAGAACAUCUGGACUGACACUCAGACACAGUGAGGACUGAGAAUACCUGACACACCAGCCUUCAAAACUUGUAACAAUACUGAAAACAAACAAAAAAAAUUGAGGCCAGAUUUCUGAUGUUUAGGGCCAUCUGGAUAUCACAAAGGACAAUCUCGCAGGUGGUGGUAAAGAUGAUUUAAUAAAGAGCUCAUAGAGCAAAUGGUGCUAAGGGAAGGGUGCAAGGAAGCCCACUGGGACUGAGGGAGAGGAAGGAAAUUGGCAAGGACUUAUUUUCAGUGAGGGGUCAGCAAUUGUGCAGGUAGCAAAGUCAGAUGUGAGCUGUGGUGAGGCAGAAUAAAGGCCUGGUAAGGGAAGAAUGAUGGAUGUGAGGAAGCAGUCACUACAAAAUGAUGUGUGCUCAUCUAGAUGAGUCCUGAGGGUUUCUUCAGACCUUCAGCCUUGCUGGGCUUCUGCCAGGCCCACCUUUUCUGGCUUUUCUUCUUCAAACCCUUACAAAUACCAUAGCUGUCACUGCAUUUAUUCUGCUCUCUGAUGGCUCUGUUUUCAGUACAAGCAGGAUAGAUUGGUUUCGUUUCCCUCACUCCCCCUGCUCAGCCCCCACAUCCAGCCAACUCCCUGUGUGAAGGAGAAUUGCCUUUUUUUGGCCUUUCCACCACACAACCCCCCCAAGAAGUGUCCUUUAAAUUUUCAGCUAAGUUGGGAGGCAAUUUCUUGCAUGAGAGCUUCGUAUAGAUAGGCUUAAAGCAGAACAAAAAUAAAUAAUUAAAUACACUUAAUACUUUCCCCUCCCUCCCCCUCCUUGUCUAACAAAGUGCUAUUUUACAUAAGUUAUUUCAAUAGAAACAAAGGAAUUUUGUGCAGGCAGAUGACAUUGAUUUAGCUUUCAGUGAAUAUUACAGCUCCCUCUGCCUCUGCUGGGCCUGGCAAGGUUUUCUCAGGUACAAGUUAAGGAUGCACAAGUUUGGGUGAAGGCCAUCUUGGGGCCUUCAUGCUGUGUUUGGGAUGGUGUUUAGAGGCCACAUUGUGCACUUGCCUCUGGUGAUUUCUGCAAAACAUCUGUGUUGAAGCGUUGUCCAUCAGUGGCUUGUGUGGCAGCGUGAUUGUCUCUAGGUAGAGAAACCACUGUGGUUUCCCAUUCCUGCCACAAAGAGAAACCCCCAGCCUCCAGAAAACUGCAAAGGUAGAUUUAACUUCCAGGAAACUAUUCCUAAUCCCAGCUGAACUGCCCUUCGAUGAUGCAGCCAGGCUCAGCCCUCUGGAGGUGCUGGUUCACAGCUCACUCUGGCAGGAGAGCUGGUACUGAGAGAAGGAUGGGGCUACAUCUCAAAGGAAAGACAUUUUGAUGGCAUUUUUGUUGUUACUAUUAUUUAAAACAGCUUAUUUUAAUCUCAGUUAAUGUCACUGGAAGUCUGCAUGAGCAGAAAACAAAUCCUCUGAUGAUAUUUGCAGAAUUGAUUUUUUUUUUUUGCAGACUUUUUUUUACCCCAUGCAUCAAUCCACAUGUUUGCUUAGUUUAGGGCAUAUUUUGCAUCUUUCGAAUCCUAUUUGCCAUUUUGCAACUGAAUAACCGGUUCUCAACCUUUUCCAUCCUGCAGUCUCCCCUUCUCCAAAUCAAAACUCACCAUUUUCCCCUGCUGGGAACAAACCAAGCUGCCCUUCAAGGGAGAGCAAGGUUUUUGUGAUCUCUGCCUGCCCAUCCCACCUCCACUGGCUCCAACUCAGAGGAUGAGGAAUCCUCAUCCGGUUAAUGGCCAAGGUAGGAUCCCUGCUUCUCCCCUACCUGCCACACCAUGUGCAUCAAGCACACUGCUACCCUGGAAGGGGAUGACUGAUACAGUGUCAGUCAGACUUAAAGGAAACGUUUUAAAUUACGGAUUUGCAGUGAAGUCAAAGGACCUUUUAAGGUGCUGAGGUAUUUACCCUCCCCAGACCUUCCCUUCCUUUCUGCCCUGCUUUGUCCCUUCCUCUCUUCCCAGCCUUGAAAUGAAACAGAAAAUUAUUUUUUUAAAACUGUGUCAAUAAUUUAUGUUUAGUAUAAAAGAUGAUUUAAUGGCAUCACCAAAGUUCAUUUUUUUUCAUCUCCGUGUUACUGCCCCAGCCCCAGAGGCUGUACAGCCCCUCUUCCCCCUAACUCCACUGCCCUCCCUUUCAUUCACCUCACACAUCCCUUCAUCACCAUCCCCACCACAGUGUAACCAGACACCAGAAACCUGCUUCAGGUUCAGUCAACGACCAACGGAGAAGAGAGAUUUCAAACUGAAACCUCCACUCCAGACCGCCACAAACUGGAACCAUUUCCACCUUGAAAAUAGUCAGUUGCUACAAAUGAAAGGCAGACUCAUUUCUUGAAUUAAGUACAUUUUUUUAAAAAAACCUUUUAUACCUAUUUACAUGUGUGUGUGCAUGCACCACAUGUACACAGUGGUAUCUGUGUGCACAGAUGCACACCAAUCUCUCUCUCAAAUAUAAAUAUAUUGUAUGUUAGAGCUGUAAAUAUUCCUUGGUCAUGUGUCUGUGUCUUCUUCAAAGUAUCAUAUCCUCAGUGUUAUGUUAACAACUCCAUUUAUUGAUUGAUGAAACUGUGUGUAGAUCUGUACCCUCCUAACAUAGUUUAUGUAGCUCUCUCUUCUCAAAUAAAGUACAAAACUACCACUA